AUGGCCCGAUGGUGCCCUGUAUUUCCUUCUCUCAUCACCGAGGAAAGGCGAGUUAAAACCAUGCCGCGACACAGCCAGUCCCUGACCAUGGCACCCUACUCAUCUGUAAGCCUAGUGGAACAACUGGAAGACAGAAUCCUCUGCCACGAGAAAACAACCGCUGCCCUUGUGGAGCACGCCUUCCGGAUCAAAGACGACAUUGUCAGCAGUUUGCAGAAAAUGCAGAACAAAGGGGGAGGUGACCGCUUGGCCAGGCUCUUCCUGGAGGAGCACAUCAGAAACAUAACUGCCAUAGUGAAGCAGCUCAAUCGGGAUAUCGAGGUACUCCAGGAGCAGAUCCGGGCCCGGGACAACAUCAGCUACGGAACUAAUUCUGCCUUAAAGACUCUGGAGAUGCGUCAGCUCUCCGGUUUGGGAGACCUUCGGGGCAGAGUGGCAAGAUGUGACGCCAGCAUAGCCAGACUCUCUGCAGAGCACAAAACGACUUAUGAGGGCCUCCAGCACCUGAACAAAGAACAGCAAGCUGCCAAACUUAUCUUGGAAACAAAAAUCAAAGACGCAGAGGGGCAGAUUUCUCAGCUUCUGAACAGAGUGGACUUGUCGAUCUCAGAGCAAAGCACCAAACUGAAGAUGUCCCACAGAGACAGUAACCACCAGCUGCAGCUUUUGGACACGAAAUUUAAAGGUACGAUUGAGGAGCUCAGUAAUGAGAUUUUAUCUGCACGGAAUUGGUUGCAACAGGAACAAGAACGGAUAGAAAAAGAACUUUUACAGAAAAUCGAUCAGCUUUCCUUGGUUGUUAAGGAAAACAGUGGGGCCAGCGAAAGGGACAUGGAGAAGAAGCUGAGCCAGAUGUCAGCCAGACUUGACAAAAUAGAAGAGAGUCAGAAGAAGAAUUUGGAAGUGCAGAGGACAAAACAGGAAGAGGAGAAGGUGCAUGGGCGCAUCAGCAAGCUGGAGUUACAGAUGAAUGAGGACAUGAAGGAAAUGAAGGCGGAAGUUGACGCUGGGUUUACAGCCAUCUAUGAAAGCAUAGGAUCCCUCAGGCAAGUUCUUGAAGCCAAGAUGAAGUUGGACAAGGACCAGCUGCAGAAGCAAAUCCAACAGAUGCAGAAGCCAGAAGGUCCCAUGUGAAGGGGACUGGGACAAGGACCUCAAACGUGGUUUUGCCAGUAGGGCCAGAGCUAGAUACCUGUGUAGCUGGGCUGUCACUGCAUUCAGGAUUGUUCUCUUCAUGGCGUGCAUGUGCCAAGAAACGUGUUUUCAUGGGUCUAGACGUUUACCUUGAGUCUCAAAAACACUUUCUUUAAAAGUAUUAAAUACAACUUUUACCACUUUAUUCCACUUCUCUAAAUUCAACGGAAUAGCCUCCCUGCCCCUGGAUUUUGAAAGGCUUUUAUCUCCUUCAUUUUAUGAAUGAAAAGACCUAACCUUCCUUCAAUGCUUGAUGCUCUAGCCAAGACUUUACUAUUUUGAAAAAUGUCAUGGUGAUUUAUUUUUAAUUAAGAAACUAAUGAAUUACCACAGGAAUGUGUUGCUCCUCCCCCUAAAUUAAGAGAAUGUCCUGGUAGAUUAGAAUUCAACCUUUUAGUCCAUAUUUGAAUUUUAUGAUUGUUAUCUGUGCAUUUCUUAUAUGGUUAUCUUCUUGUAAAUCUUCUGUCUUUUGUAGAGAGAAGGGAUUUAACAUUUGGAACCCCCCCUUCAUCAUUUACGUGAUGAAAAUAGACUAAAAAGUGAUAACUGCCAUAUACAUGCAGAUUAAAAUGGGAACUUAAGGCAAUUAUCUAGAUAAUGCAAGGCACAAUAUCUGCAUUGACCACCUAAUUAAACCAGGUUUUAAUAUUGAAAACUUUUUUCAAUUAUCCACAGCCUGUAUAGUGAUAGCCAUAUAUUUAAUAAUGGAAUGGUGGUUAAUAGUCUGUUUCUUGCACAAUUAAUUGUUUGUUAAUCAUAAUAGGAUGUGAGAAUUUUCAGGCUUUAUGAUCUCCUCUCUAAAUGUUUCCAAAUCGGCACAAAGUGCUAAGGUUUAUAUACACUUAUUGUAACUGUAUUCUUGUGCCUUGGUUUUACCACGUCAAUGCACUGUAUCCUAUACAAGUUUUACAGACAAAAUAGAAGGCAUGAUAAUACAUCAGAAUUAUGAUGUAAAAACGGGAUCCUAUGUAAUUUUUAAAUGUUCUAAAAAUUUUACCACUGUUAAGACAUUAAUCAUUCAGUAUUAUUAAUGGAAUAGAAAUUCAUACUUUUGUAUGGACAGAGAAUCAAACUGAUAUUGCAUUUAUAACACUGUCAAGAAACUUUCAUUCCGAGCAGCUUCGUAGAGGAUGGGUGUUUUAUUUUCAAUCUCCAUAUUUGAUUAGUCAUUGAAAAUUGAUGCCAGUGAACUUGUUCACUUGUGGACAUAAAACCUGAUGGUGAGACACACGCUGUCCUAAACUGUAAGGGUGCCCAGGAAAAGGAAGACCAUUCUUAAAAAUUAAGAAAAAAAUGUGUUUUGUUGUUUGCCAAGGACUCAGGAAAAUUAAACAUUUUCUAUUUUUAGAAUAACUCAUAAAUGAAUUAUAUAACUGGCUAUUACUGUUUACCCAUAUAAAGUAUGCUGCUAAACUACACAGUAUUCUACCUUGACAAAACAUUUAUUUUUAAUUUGGUCCUGAGGAAUCAUCUAAGGAAUGUUUCAUCCAACACAUAUUUCUUUAUUUUGUCACAAAUCUUUGCAUCUCUUUCUAUAGGAAGACUAUUUCCAGUUGACAAUGAAAAAAUCCAAGAUUAAGACUCAUUUGCAACCAGAAAGUGAGUUUCUUUCUGUGAUACAGGAACUGCAUUUAGUAGAGUUUCCCCUGUUUAAGCACUAGCCACAGCACAGAGUCACGCCCCCUCUGGUGUCUCUCUCCUCUGUGGUCUCCCUGAAAGAGGAGUCGGCACAUGUGACACUUGGGGAAAGGGAUGGGGGGGCCAGCUGGACUCGGGAUGUGCGGUGACAUGAGCAGGGGAUGGAUGGCUGUCCGCUGACAUUGCCCGGGUGCUUCCGGUGCUGCCGGCCUCAUGCCUUGAGCUCCGGCAGGGUCCAUCCUGGCCACAUGUUGGAAUCACCUGCGAAGGGAUUCAAAAAGCCACUGACGCCUGGGCUGCCCCCCUAGACUGAUUAAGCCAGACCCUCUGGGAGGUGGGAGGCAGACAUCAGUAAGGCAUCCAAGGCCCCCGGGUGACUCAAAGGCCACCGAGGGUGUAAGCCACUGAGCUACAGCGUACUCUUACGACCAAAGUUUAAAUGAGGAUCAGCUUCCGUGUUCUUUCCUUUACCAGAAAUUUGCAAUAAAAAGAAUAAAAUUUCCAAAUAAA